AUGGCGACCAACGAGACGACAGUGGACGAGGCGGUGUUGGCGGAGGAGGAGAAACCCAAGAGUAAACGGCCCAAAGAAACGAAGUUCAAGCAGCAGAACCUCCCAGCAUGGCAACCCAUCCUGACGGCAGGCACUGUCCUCCCAGCAUUCUUUGCCAUCGGUCUAGCCUUCAUUCCACUGGGUGUGGUACUUCUUAUUACCUCAAACAAUAUAAAAGAGUUCACCUAUGACUAUACAAACUGUCAGAGUAUAGAGAAUCCUAACGUGACCUGUGCGGAAGUGGUUUCCAAUAACACCAACCUGACAUGCACAUGCCGGAUCACAGCAGAGCUGGAUAAAUUUGAUGAAUCAGUGUAUAUAUAUUAUGGACUCACUAACUACUACCAAAACCAUCGGCGCUAUGUGCGCUCUCGGGACGACAAUCAGCUGCAUGGAGACACUAUGUCUCCCGGAAGCCUUAUUGAUGACUGCGACCCUUACAGAACUACGGAAAUCAACAAAACAGGGUACGGUUAUGCCCCUUGUGGUGCCAUUGCCAACAGUCUGUUUAAUGCUCAUGCGCACCUGUGUAUGUGUGCCAUAUGCGCGCCUGCCUGCGGGUUACAUUUGAACCAGGAAAUAUCUGUUGCAUUGAGAACUUGGGAAAGCUGGCUGUCAAUGAGGUGUGUGUU